CUUUAAGUAUCUGCAUCAACUCAGCCAUGAAGCUGCUGACCGGGUUGCUACUUGUCUGUGCCACGAUGGCCCUGACUAAUGCUGCAUCCAUUCAAGAAGAACCAUCCAUUCAAAAAGAACCAUCCAUUCAAGAAGAACCAUCCAUUCAAAAAGAACCAUCCAUUCAAGAAGAACCAUCCAUUCAAGAAGAACCAUCCAUUCAAGAAGCUGUUCCAGAAGCACAGCCUGAUGUAAUGGCAGUGGGAGCAUCUAUGGAAGAUGAUGAUGGUCACACUGUCCAAAGAUCAAGCGCUUGUCCCAGUGGUUGGAUUCAACACUACAAUCGCUGUUUCCUCUUCGUUAGAACAUCAAUGACUUGGACUAAUGCUGAGAUAAAUUGUCAGGCUCGAGGUGGACGCCUUGCAUCAGUGCACAGCUUUGAUGAGUAUCACUUUAUUCAGGGAAUAAUAUUGAGGCAGACUGGAAUGUAUCCAUCUACAUGGCUUGGAGGCUCAGAUGCACAACAGGAGGGUACUUGGCUGUGGAGUGAUGGAUCACGUUUCAGCUAUGUGAACUGGUAUCCAGGACAGCCUGACAACCAACAUCACUAUCAGCACUGUUUGGUGAUGAACUUUGCUGAUCAAAAAAGAUGGGAUGAUUUGCAGUGUUAUCACCAACACCCAUUCGUCUGUUCAAAGACUCUUGAAUCCUGCCUUGGCUGACGAGCAUGUCAAGAACUCCAACUCAUCAGUCUCAUAUUUAAUCUGAAGGCUCUAUAUCUUAUCUCAUAACUCUGUUUUUUUCUUA